UUCGUUAUAUGAACUGUAACUCAGUUAAAUCUUUGAUAUUUUUGUUCAGUAUAGAUUAAAACUCACUGAAAAUUUGGUCGGCAGUCAAAUUUGCGCCUUCAUCUGCCGACAACGAUAGCCACUGGGCGGAUUAGAUUAUCCUGAGCUGGGAUGACCGGUCUAUGGCCCAUGACGUAAACGGGAAAAGCCGUGAGAGAGGAGCCACCUUCUCAAAUCGAACAGUAAUCUGCGGCGCUUGGCCAUGUUGUCAACAAGGCGCAUCGUCCAGAAACAUACAAUAUCUCUUUUCCAUAAAACAUGUUUGAGUAUUUCAAACUAGAUUUCAUUGGGAAGGCAGAUAAUGUGGUUUAAUCAAAAGCAAUCACUUUUGCACGUGAAAACACAUAACACUACUCAUUACUCCACGUGCUUAAUGAUGUCACUUUUGUCUUGAACCGACUUCACCGUUGGCUUUGAACGGGGAAAUUGGUUUGUGCCUGGGAAGCAGCCCGGUUCCAAAACAAAUGCAAUCAUCUUUCGCUUGGGCUAGAUUAAACGAGUCCCCUCAUUCUGACCUGGAGUGGGAGGGGUCAGAGCCCAAAUAUGCAUUCGGGCACGCUGAUUGGUGGAAAUCAGGAGGCUGUAAGUGACUGACAACUGAGAAGGGGAAAAAAAUCACCAGGACUGUAUGCACAGUGAAAGAAGUUUCCCCCAAGGUGUACCAGUGGCAAGGAUGCAGAGUGGCACCAAUAUUAGGAGAAUAAAAGCCUGCUUGCAAAACAAUGUUUCCGAAAGGAAUUAUGACCCUGAGGAUCAAUGCGGAACCAACGGAUGCAGUGUCGUGAAAAAGAAACCCGAAGUGAGCUUUUACCUGCUACACGAAGGCGUCGGAGUCGCACUGGUGACUGUAUUUAUUCUGGUGCUGUGGGGACUUGUUCAUUUAUCAUUACAACAACUUGUCUUUGGAAAAGCUACUGGCGAGUUCAAUGCUGUCAGGGCAAGGGAGCACCUGGAGCGCAUCACCAGCGUCGGUCCCCGUCCCGUGGGCAGCCGAGAGAACGAGGUCCUAACGGUAAACUUCCUGCUGGAGCAGAUAGAGCACAUCAAGGCCAUUAGCGCCUCAGGACCCAACUCUGUCACUGUGGACGUACAGAGACCCACAGGCUCCUACAAGAUCCCGGGAGGGUUCACAUCCUACUGUAAGGUCAGCAACAUCGCUGUCCGUCUGGAGCCCAAGGCUGGGGCUCAGCACCUCAUGCUGGCCAAUUGCCACUUUGAUACUGUGGCCAACAGUCCAGGUGCAAGUGAUGAUGCGGUGAGCUGUGCGGUGAUGUUGGAGGUGCUCCGCUCCCUGGCCAAUCUGUCCACUCCCUUACGACACGGGGUGCUGUUCCUCUUCAACGGAGCAGAGGAGACCAUGCUGCAGGGGAGUCAUGGCUUCAUCACUCAGCAUCCCUGGGCCAAGCAGGUCCGAGCCUUCAUCAACCUGGAGGCAGUGGGGGUGGGGGGCAAAGAGCUGGUGUUCCAGACAGGUCCUGAGAAUCCCUGGUUGAUCCAGGCCUAUAACCAUGCUGCCAAACAUCCCUUUGCUUCUGUGGUGGGACAGGAAAUCUUCCAGAGCAGGUUGCUCCCAUCCGACACAGACUUCCGCAUCUACAGGGACUUUGGAAACAUUCCAGGCAUUGAUUUAGCCUUCAUUGAGAACGGCUUCAUCUACCACACCAAAUAUGACACACCCGACAGGAUACUGACAGACUCCAUCCAGAGGGCGGGUGACAACAUCCUGGCAGUACUGAAGCACCUGGUCAUGUCUAAGGAGCUGGCGGACCCGUCCGAGUAUGCCCAUGGCAACAUGGUGUUCUUUGACCUGCUCGGCGUGGUGGUGGUGGCGUACCCGGCCCAUGUUGGCACCAUCAUCAACUACACGACUGCCAUAGCAACCUUCCUCUACCUGUUUAAGAAGUGCCUCCARCCCAGCAACGUGGGAGGUCGUUACGCGAAGGAGUUGGCAUGUGCCACGAUGGCGGUCAUCCUCAGCUGGUUGGUCACUCUGCUGACCGUGGUCUUUAUAGCCUUUGUGGUGUCACUGAUGGGACGAUCCAUGUUCUGGUACAACAACUUCUACACCUGCAUGUUUAUGUACGGUUCUGCUGCCACUGGGAUGAUGGUCCUCUUCCACACACUUUCCAAGAACCUCUAUGGGGUGAGCUGUGUGUGUGGGUGGGCGUGCGGUGCGUGCCCCACGCUGGUCAAGAACCUCUUGUACGGGAUACAUUACCUCAUCGUAUCCCUAGGUGACAACAUCCUGGCAGUACUGAAGCACCUGGUCAUGUCUAAGGAGCUGGCGGACCCGUCCGAGUAUGCCCAUGGCAACAUGGUGUUCUUUGACCUGCUCGGCGUGGUGGUGGUGGCGUACCCGGCCCAUGUUGGCACCAUCAUCAACUACACGACUGCCAUAGCAACCUUCCUCUACCUGUUUAAGAAGUGCCUCCARCCCAGCAACGUGGGAGGUCGUUACGCGAAGGAGUUGGCAUGUGCCACGAUGGCGGUCAUCCUCAGCUGGUUGGUCACUCUGCUGACCGUGGUCUUUAUAGCCUUUGUGGUGUCACUGAUGGGACGAUCCAUGUUCUGGUACAACAACUUCUACACCUGCAUGUUUAUGUACGGUUCUGCUGCCACUGGGAUGAUGGUCCUCUUCCACACACUUUCCAAGAACCUCUAUGGGGUGAGCUGUGUGUGUGGGUGGGCGUGCGGUGCGUGCCCCACGCUGGUCAAGAACCUCUUGUACGGGUGGGAUACAACUAUUAACUUCUGA